AUGGCCGAGGAGAAGCACCAUCACCACCUGUUCCACCACCGCAAGGAUGAGGAGAGCUCCGGCGAGGUGGACUACGAGAAGAAGGAGAAGCACCACAAGCACAUGGAGCAGCUCGGCGAGCUCGGCGCCAUUGCCGCCGGCGCAUAUGCUCUGCAUGAGAAGCACGAGGCCAAGAAGGACCCGGAGAACGAGCACGGCCACAGGAUCAAGGAGGAGGUGGCCGCCGUCGCCACCGUGGGCUCCGCUGGGUUCGCCUUCCACGAGCACCACGAGAAGAAGGACGCCAAGAAGCACGGCCACAACUGA